AGGGGACUGCCGGGGGUCUGUGGUGGCCCCGGUGGGGAGGGCUGAGGGGCCGCCCCGGGAGAGGCAGGGCUGGGGCCGCCCCUUCCCUCCAUGCCCGGGGUAGGGAGGAGGAGCCGUCGGCGCCGCGGGGUGGUGGCCGCCCCUCUCCCCGCCGGGAAAGGCGAAGCCGCAGCGGCCCCGCUCGCUCGGCAGCCCCGGCGCGGGAGGGCGGCGGCUGUUGGGGGCACCGGCCCGCACUGCCCCCCAUGCGGCGCGGGCAGUGGGCUCUGCGCUCGCCGCGGCCGCGCUCGUCGUCGUCUGUGUGGGCGGGCUGGCGGCUGCCGGGAGCCCGCCAUGGGGCGGCCGCGCCGGGGCUGCUGAGGAGGAGGAGGAGGCGGCGGCUGCGGCGGGGGAGCAGCGGCCGGGCGGCCCCAUGGAGGAGCGGGAGGGCGAAGUGCGCUGGGACGGGCUGUGCAGCCGGGACGCCGCCGCCCGCGCCGCCGCCCUGGACACCAUCGGGCAAGCCGUGCUCCGCCGCGCAGAGAGCGUCGCCUCCGGGGCGGCCGCCGAUGGGCUGCCGGUGCCCGCCGCCCGGGACAGGUUGGGCGAGGCGCUGGCCCGCCUGCUCAUGCUGUCCAAGCGGUGCCCCUUCCCCGACGUGAGGGAGAAGAGCGAGGCGAUCCUCAGCGGGGUGCAGGAACUUGGAAUAAGAAUUCCUAGACCACUGGGACACGGACCAAGCAGAUUCAUCCCUGAGAAGGAGACAAUUCAGGUGGGAAAGGAGGACGCCACGAUGCACACACUGUUUGCAGAGUCUUUUGCCACGCUGGGCCGGCUGGACAACGUCACCUUGGUGAUGGUUUUCCACCCACAGUAUCUGGAAAGCUUUCUCAAAACUCAGCACUAUCUGCUGCAGAUGGAUGGCCCGCUCCCGCUCCACUACCGGCACUACAUCGGCAUCAUGGCUGCAGCACGACAUCAGUGCUCUUACCUUGUUAACCUCCACGUGAAUGACUUCCUUCAUGUUGGUGGAGACCCUAAAUGGUUGAAUGGUCUAGAAAAUGCACCUCAAAAACUGCAAAAUUUAGGAGAACUGAACAAAAUGUUGGCUCACCGACCCUGGCUUAUCACCAAGGAACAUAUCGAGCAACUUCUGAAGACAGAAGAGAACAGCUGGUCCCUGGCAGAGCUGAUCCAUGCAGUCGUUCUCUUUACACACUACCACUCCCUUGCUUCCUUCACGUUUGGCUGUGGGAUCAGCCCAGAGAUCGACUGUGAAGGGGGUCACACCUUCAGGCCCCCCUCUGUCAGUAACUAUUGCAUCUGUGAUAUAACAAAUGGCUACCACGGGGUGGAGGAAAUCCAUGCCAGCCCAGCUGGAAGCAUUCCAUCCACAGAGUCUGUCUGUGAAGUUGAAGCUCUUAUGGAGAAGAUGAAGCAGCUGCAGGAGUGCAGAGACGAAGAGGAAGCCAGCCAAGAAGAGAUGGCCACACGUUUUGAAAGAGAGAAGAGAGAAAGCAUGUUUGUGUGCUCUUCAGAAGAUGAAGAAUCUGCAGCAACAAGAGAUGUGUCUCGGCACUUUGAGGACACCAGCUAUGGUUACAAAGACUUCUCCCGACACGGAAUGCACGUGCCCACCUUUCGUGUUCAGGAUUAUUCCUGGGAAGACCAUGGCUAUUCCUUGGUUAAUCGUCUUUAUCCAGAUGUGGGACAACUACUUGAUGAGAAGUUCCAUAUUGCUUAUAAUCUGACUUACAACACAAUGGCCAUGCACAAAGAUGUGGAUACCUCAAUGCUAAGACGAGCUAUUUGGAACUAUAUUCAUUGUAUGUUUGGAAUAAGAUAUGAUGAUUAUGACUAUGGUGAAAUUAAUCAGUUGUUGGACCGCAGCUUUAAAGUUUAUAUCAAGACUGUGGUUUGCACUCCUGAAAAGACCACAAAAAGAAUGUAUGAUAGCUUCUGGAGACAGUUUGAACACUCUGAGAAGGUCCAUGUAAAUUUGCUUCUGGUAGAAGCUCGGAUGCAAGCCGAACUACUUUAUGCUCUGAGAGCUAUUACUCGCUAUAUGACCUGAUGUCUCUGGCUGCCUGUCGACGUUGGAAUGUUCUGCAGCUGCAGUAUGGCAGAGGAAGAUACAAAGCCUCAGGACCAACAGUAGCUAUAAGUUAAGAUGCCCAUUGUGCCAUAACUCCUUUAGUUUCAGCUAUUUCCAUGUUUGGAAUAUCAUUGCUGCCGCUGGGCAGUGAACGCUUGGCAGUUGACAGACAGGGUUGUGCAGAAGUGCUGCCUGCUCAUGGUAUUUUGGCUUUAGACAGCCCGGGACAUUCUCUGAACUUGUGGCAAUAUAGCAAACCAUAGAUACAUAGAUCUUGUGUUAAGGCAAAUACUGCGGGAGUCGGAGUGUGAAAAGAACUGGGACUUGAUGGCAUUUGCUUUCCCUACGAGAAUAAUUCUAGAAAAUCUUGAUGCUGCUAUUUGUGCAGGUGGAGUGAACAGACCUAGGCUGUUCCAGUUGAGCUAGAAGUGAAAGUGAGCACUGCUAUUGUCUGAGCCUUUAUUGUGUGUGGUUUCAAAAAAGCCUUGUUAUUUAGAUUCCCUGUUUAAUCAGAACUAAACCUCUUCUGUCCACACUGAUAAUUUGAAAGAUAGCAGUCAAUUUUCUCAACUAGUUUAGCCUUAAAAACAGGAUGUUUGUUCAGCAUUAUUUCAUGAGCUCCAAAGUGCAAUGGUCUUCCUAUGGAAAGAAGGGGACUGGAGUCCUCAAAGCUUCUUAGAGAUCUACCUACACAAAGUGUCAAGUAGCUUCUUGUCCUCCUUUUCAUGGAUGAACCAAAAAGGAGCUAGGAAAAGGUGUGGGAAUGUUGUUCUAGACUGCCAAACAGUCCUACUGUAUUACAUGCCCAACGCUGGUCUUAAUGAUUUUUGCAGUUGCUUAAAUAACUAGGCUAAAAAACAUCUAUUUUUAGUAAAUCAAAACGUGAUUAAAAUGCUGACGUUUAAUAUACAGUGGUUUUGGAGAACACAUGAAUACUUUUGUAUGAGUGUGAAUUGCUUUUUAAAUUUGUCAGUAUUACUGGUAUUUUUGAAAUAAAGGUAACAACUUUU